UUUGAAAAUUCAUUUUUGAAUUUGAUAGUAAAUAAUGGGCUUUUGUUUUUUGGCCAUCCCUACCCGUUCAUUUACGCCUCCUUCUACAUGUUUCCAAAACUCAUUCCCUUUUAUGAAUGCUGGCGUCCCAAAGGAUCAUCAUCGGUCUCGCCGGAUCACUCUGCUCUCGCUGUUCUCCUCCGCCGUCUGCUCAAUCUAGAACCUCCAUCUUCGUCCACUCUCGCUUUCUCACUUUCUCCGGCUCACUAUUGUGUCCAUCGAUGUCGCACAAGCAGAGAAAGGGUGGCUCUAGGGAACAAAGGUGGCAACACAAGCCAAGUUCUAGUGUUGGAUUGACGAAUAAGAUACCAGCUCAAAACCAAAAGGCUGUGUGGAAGCCAAAAUCCUAUGGGACUGUAAGUGGAUCAGAAACGUUUGAAGUUGGAAAUGCUCCAGCCACUCAAUCCCCAGCGGAAGUCCAUGUUCCUGGGGCUAACGAGCCAUCAAAUGAGAAAAAGAGUGCUUCUUCUAGAGGCAAUAUGCUGGAAAAUUUUACGGUAGACAAGUCCACAUUUGCACAAGCUCACAUACGAGCUACAUUCUACCCUAAAUUUGAAAAUGAGAAGUCUGAUCAAGAGAUUAGAGCGCGGAUGAUUGAGAUGGUAACCAAAGGCUUGGCCACAAUGGAGGUAUCUCUUAAACAUUCUGGAUCACUCUUUAUGUAUGCUGGGAACGAGGGUGGAGCAUAUGCAAAAAAUAGCUUCGGUAACAUCUAUACUGCUGUCGGUGUCUUUGUUCUAGGGAGGAUGUUUAAAGAAGCUUGGGGUCCUUUUGCAAGUAGCAAGCAAGAAAAAUUCAAUAAAUAUCUUGAGGAUAACCACAUGUGUGUAUCCAUGGAGCUAGUCACUGCUGUAUUGGGCGAUCAUGGGCAACGCCCACGAGAAGAUUAUGUGGUUGUUACAGCAGUAACAGAAUUGGGGAGUGGAAAACCAAAGUUUUAUUCAACUCCAGAUGUAAUUGCUUUUUGCAGAAAGUGGCGUCUACCAACAAAUCAUGUGUGGUUAUUCUCAACAAGGAAGUCAGUGACAUCAUUUUUUGCUGCAUACGAUGCCCUCUGUGAAGAGGGAACAGCCACCUCUGUCUGCAAGGUCUUGGACGAAGUUGCUGAUAUAUCUAUUCCUGGAUCUAAAGAUCAUAUAAAGGUUCAAGGAGAAAUCUUGGAGGGUCUUGUGGCUCGUGUUGUGAGUCGUAAGAGCUCAGAACACUUGGAGCAGGUGCUUAGAGACUUUCCUUUGCCACCAGUAGACGGUGUAGGUGUGCCGGUCUGGAGAAGGACUUGCGAGACUGGGGAGGAAGAGUCGUACUUGAAUCGAAGAAAUAAAAGAAAGAGAAAACGAUCGUUUAAUUUGCCAGCUGGUCAGGACUUAGGACCAACUCUUCGUGAGAUUUGUGCUGAAAAUAGGUCGGAUGAGAAGCAGCAAAUAAAAGCACUUCUUGAUGGUGUUGGUGCCGCUUUUUGUCCAGAUCAUCUAGAUUGGUUCCCUAAUGAAGCAUCUGAUUCACAUUCAAGAACUGCUGACCGAUCUGUAGUUUCAAAGUUCUUAAAAGCACAUCCUGCUGAUUAUUCAACUGCAAAAUUACAGGAAGUUGUUCGUUUGAUGAGGGAAAAACACCAGCGUGUUUCCUUUAAAUGCUUCUAUAACUUUCACAAAAUUAAUGAUGUAUCAAGUGACAAUCUGCACUUCAAAAUGGUGAUCCACGUGUUCAAUGAUUUUGUCUUCAGGCAGUAUCAGAAAGAGAUGAGGAGAAAUCCGGGUUUGUGGCCACUGUAUCGAGGCUUUUUUGUGGAUCUAAACUUAUUCAAAGUUGAUGGAGAAAUAGCUGCUGGCAUUUUAAAAGGAAGUAGUCAUAUGGUAAAGGGCGAUGAUGAAAAUAAUAGCUUAGCUGAUGAGGAUGCCAAUCUGAUGGUCAAGUUGAAAUUUCUUACAUACAAGCUGAGAACUUUUCUGAUCCGUAAUGGCUUGCAAACUCUCUUUAAGAAGGGUCCAGUGGCGUACAAGACCUAUUAUCUCAGGCAAAUGCAGAUAUGGAAUACAUCAGCAGCAAAGCAAAAAGCACUCAGCAAGAUGCUUGAUGAAUGGGCUGUCUACAUACUCAGGAAGUAUGGGAAUAAGCAACUAUCCACAUCCAUAUACCUCAGUGAAGCUGAGCCUUUCCUAGAACAGUAUGCAAAGCGUAGCCCACAAAACCAGGUGUUGAUUGGAUCUGCUGGAAGCUUGGUGAAAUCUGAUGAUUUCUUGGCCAUUGUCGAUGGAGGAGAUGAAGAAGGUGAUCUUGAGCAGGAGAAGAGUUUUCCGUCACAUGGACAUAGUAUUUCUGAGGAUACUGUUAUGAAGGAUGAAGGUCUUAUAGUUUUUUUUCCAGGAAUACCUGGGUGUGCUAAAUCUGCACUUUGUAAAGAAAUUUUGAGUGCCCCUGGAGGUCUUGGGGAUGAUCGACCAAUUCGAAGUUUAAUGGGUGAUCUUGUUAAAGGUAAAUACUGGCAGAAGGUUGCAGAUUCACGGAAGGCAAAACCUUAUUCAAUAAUACUUGCUGACAAGAAUGCACCAAACGAGGAAGUCUGGAAACAGAUUGAGGACAUGUGUCAAAGCACCAAAGCAUCUGCAGUUCCAGUUGUGCCCGAGUCCGAAGGAACUGAAAGAAAUCCAUUUUCGCUUGAUGCUCUAGCUGUUUUCAUAUUUCGAGUACUACAUCGUGUUAAUCAUCCAGGAAAUCUUGACAAGUCGUCUCCAAAUGCCGGCUAUGUAUUAUUAAUGUUUUAUGAUCUUUAUGAUGGCAAGAGUCGCGAAGAGUUUGAGACUGAUCUUAUUGGACGUUUUGGCUCCCUUGUCAAAAUACCUUUACUAAAACCCGAAAGGCCACCUUUACCGCAAUCAGUGAAGUCUAUUCUGGAGGAGGGAAUGAAGUUAUACAAUCUUCAUUCUAGCAGGCAUCGGAGAUUGGAGCCAACAAAAGGGACAUAUGCAAAAGAGUGGGCUAAAUGGGAGAAACAGCUACGAGAUGUGUUAUUUGCAAAUGCUGAUUAUCUUAAUUCAAUACAGGUGCCUUUUGAAGAAGUUGUGAAACAGGUAUUGGAUCAACUGAGGUCUAUUGCUAAGGGUGGGGCACCACUAAUUCAAAAACGGAAGCUUGGAACAAUAGUGUUUGCUGCCAUCAGGUUGCCUGUUACGGAUAUUAAAAGGCUUCUAGAUAAUGUGAGUAAGAAGGAUUCAAAAGCUCAAGCAUUUCUGAAAGACAAAAAGUUGGAAAGCCGGCUUCAAAGGGCCCACGUGACCCUUGCUCACAAGGGAAGCCACAGUGUUUCGGCUCUUGCAAGCUACGCUCCCUUUGUGGACCAACAAGUGCCCGUGGAAAUGACUGCACUGUUAUUCUCAGAAAGGGUGGCUGCACUUGAAGCCUCCAUCGGUUCCAUUGAUGGUGAAAAGAUUUGCUCGAAGAACGAAUGGGCCCACGUCACGUUGUGGACCCUCAAUGGGGUGGCACCCGUGGAGGCCAAGUCACUACCUCUUUUGCUUGAGGCGGGAGAGGCCAAGCGUGUUGAAAUUAACCCACCCGUCACCGUCUAUGGGGUCGUGCAGUUCUUCACUUGAGGGGGUAAACUUUUGUAUGUUUUGUCAUGAACCGAAAAUAAUUCUUCUGACGUGAGUAGUAGUAAUAAAGGAUGCAUGCUGGGUUAAGUUUUGGGUCUUUGGUGGAGGGAUUUAAUGAGAGUUAGUGUAGGGUAGGCAAUGAAUGAGUGAAUAUAUCAGUCUUGUAAAAAAGCCCUUUCUACCGAACACAUUCUUGACUUCAUAGAGGUAGUAUCUUUGUCCUUCCAUAUUUCAUUGGCAUCCUUUUUUACGUUUUU